GCUGUUCAAGGAUAUCAAUUUCAGCUUUGAGGAUUAUAAUCAUACAAAAUAGAGUAUCUGGACACUUUAUUAUAAUAAAUGUAACAAAAUGUAGCACAAUUUGUAUUUUUAUGAUGGUUUAAAAGUGUUUUACUUCCAAUAGAAUAUUUCCCAGAAUGCAAUGCGAUUUUGUUGUGAUUUUCCAAUUUCGACGAAAUAGUCAUACAAAGUUAUUUUUAGUCAUCGAAUCGUAUCAGAUAUUGAAUCAUCAUGUGAAAUAAGUGUGAGAUAUACAUAUUCUUCAAAUUGGAGAUGUCAGAAGGCAAUUUAAUAUGACAGAGUACCAGACAGGCUACCAGGCUCUCGGGUCUUUUUAUGAUGAAGACAAUGACUCACCACCCGUUGAGAACAUCAUACAUGUGGUACAAGAUAGUCAUAAAUCACGUUGGAAUCACAUAGAAAAUCUAGAUGAGUUUUUCACAAGAGUUUACCAAUACCAUCAACGCAGUGGGUUUGCUUGCAUGGCUGUGGCGGAUGCAUUACAACUCAUACAGUUCCUAUUUGUAGUGCUGUUCUCAGUGUUUUUGAUGAACUGUGUGAAAUAUGACGUGCUGUUUGGCGACAAAGUGUAUGAUACGACACACAAAGUGACGAUUCCAGAGGCUGUGGUUCCAUUUGACCAAUGUGUACAUAGUUUACCACCCAUAUUGGUCAUAUGUUUGAUUGUUGCUGGUGCAUUCUGGGCAUUACGUCUGAUAAAGGUGAUCUACAAUGUCUCAAAAUACUAUGAAAUCAGAUGUUUUUACAUGACGGCCCUCAAACUGUCAGUUGAUGAUAUGGCAAACAUGACGUGGCAUGAGGUACAGACAUGUAUGAGGAAUGUACAGAAAGAAUUGCAGAUGUGUAUUCACAAGUCUGAUCUCACUGAGCUAGAUAUUUAUCACAGAAUACUGCGUUUCAAGAACUAUGAGAUUGCCAUGGUUAACAAAUCCCUACUAAGUCUUAAAUACAGAGUUCCUUUCAUAGGAGAAUAUGCCUUUUUAUCAACUGGACUAAAGUACAACUUGGAAAUGAUUCUGUUUUGGGGACCUUAUGCACCAUUCGAAAGCUACUGGCAUCUGAAACCUGAUUUCAAAAAUAUACACAAAAGAAAAGAUUUAGCCGACGAGUUAUCUAAAAAGAUCAUGUGGUAUGGUGUGAUAAACCUGGUGCUUUCUCCACUGAUAUUUCUAUGGCAGAUAUUGUACUCAUUCUUUCGCUACGCAGAGGUGCUAAAACGGGAACCUAACUUACUUGGGGCCAGACGCUGGUCGUUAUACGCCCGCCUUUACUUACGUCAUUACAAUGAAUUGGACCAUGAGUUUGACGCAAGAUUAAACAGAGGACAUAAAUGCGCAUCCCGAUAUAUGAGUAUUUUUACGUCUCCAAUGAUAGUUGUAAUCGCCAAAUUUGUUGCUUUCUUUGCUGGUUCUAUAUUAGCUGUGCUAGUCAUUCUGACUGUGAUAGAUGAAGAUGUCUUAGCUGUUGAGCAUGUCCUAUCAACCAUGACUAUCUUAGGCGUGGUUGUAGCGAUAUGCAAGUCUAUGAUCCCCGAUGAAAAUAUGGUGUGGUGUCCAGAGACAUUGAUGACCAAUGUGCUAGCCCAGGUGCACUAUAUCCCAGACUCUUGGAAAGGCAAUGCACACACCUUCAAAGUCAGAGAUGAGUUUGCACAGGUGUUCCAGUAUAAAGCAGUGUAUUUAUUAGAAGAGCUCCUGAGUCCCCUUAUAACUCCACUGGUGCUUCUCUGUGAUAUCAGACACAAGGCCCAAGAUAUAGUGGACUUUUAUCGCAACUUUACAGUAGAGGUUACUGGGGUCGGGGAUGUCUGUUCAUUUGCGCAGAUGGAUGUCCGUAAACAUGGAAAUCCUCAGUGGGUAGAGGAGGGUGAGACCCAAGCUAAUCAAAAGCAACAAGGGGAAGAUGGGAAGACAGAGCUGUCCUUAAUGCACUUCCAUCUAACCAAUCCAGAAUGGAAACCCCCAGCAGACUGCAGCCUCUUUCUCAAUAAUAUUAAGACAAAUGUCCAGAAAGAUGCCCUGGCAAUGACAACCUUGCAGGCGAUGCAGACAGACAACCCCCUGGUCAACUCCCUUCACUCAAUGUCUUCCAUGGGAGGGGGCUAUAAUAGUAUUGUCUGUAGCGUCCUGCAGCCUAAUCUUGCUGCUGGAGGUGUAGAUCGGGCCAACCUUGCUUCCGUCAUGUCCCCACCCAUUUCUGUUACCCACCAGGGAGCAGCACUGGGAUCAUCUAUGAGGAAUGCGCAGCCUCGGUUGCGGGGUGGAGUGUCGAAAACGGAGGGCCCCCUCCAGGGUAGUGGUGGAGGUAUGCUGACUAGUGUGAAUGAUCAAGUUACCGUUAGUCAAAUUCCUGGUGGAAGUUCCAUAUACGCUAGCGCCAUCGGGAGCCCAACUGGAGGUUCGCCACUUGUAGCUAGCAAUGUGAACAUAAAACACAAUGAAGGUGCCCUGGAGAUGCUGUCAACAGAAAUGAGCUUCAGUGCCCUCUAUAUGCAUGGUUUGCAUAAUCGACGACUCCACGGAGGACAGUAUGAAAGCUUGGAUGAUUAUCACGCAAGGAGAAUCUGGCAGAGACAAGAUAGUAGCAAUAUGCCAAGUAUACUAGAGACUAAUGAACACAGUAACCAAGGUCAGGCUGACCAAGGUCAAGGCCACCCAGGUCAAAGUCAUCUAGGUCAAAGUCACCAAGGUCAAAGAAACUUGGGUCAAAGUCACCAAGGUCAUGCUGAAAUAAGUCAAGGUCACAAUCGACUCACUCAAGACCAGAUACAACCAUCACAGGACGAAUAUUUUCAAACUCAGACCUACCAGGGUCAAGGACAGAGGCCUCAACUACAGCUGCCGUUGCUUAAAUCGAACACAGUGGAAGAUCCAGAUCAAGAGCCUACUUUUAUACCUCCUCAUUUAGAACCUUUAGAGUCAAUCAAUUUUGUGCCAAACUCUGAGGACACUUCAAGCAGACUCACUAAAUCUAGUUAAACUUUUUCUCACUUCAGGCCAACCAACUUAAAGUGCCACUUUCUUGACAAAUAUAAAGAAUCUAUAUUUUGAGAUAAGUGUUCUGAGACAUUAUACUUUAAAUACUUUUGAUGUUCUUGUGUCUAUGAAAUGAAAGGUUUCCAAAAGGAAAAUAGCUAGCUUCCAAUCAAAUAUUGCUAAUAAUAAUUAAUGCAUACAAACAGAACAUCGACUUAAUUUGAAAUAUUUCUUGGAUAUUCAAGCUACAAUAUGACGACUAUAUAAUAUGUAUAAUUUUGAUUGUCAUGUUGUUUUUCAUGUUUGAAGAAUGUUAAAUACAUGAAUCCCUUAGUGAAAAUGACAUGAUAUACUAAGUAUAUAAAGGAGUGUUUAAGACAUGAAGGGCAUGUUGAAAUAAUAUUAUUUUAUAUAUUGAGGAGUGUCUCAUUUAUUAAAUUAAACGAAGGACACCAUGAAAUAAUAUUAUUUACAUGUAUAUGCAUUAUUCUGAGAUUAUUUAGUAAUAUUUUAGAAAUGAUUUGGUAUAUUAGUAGGGAUUUGGAAAAAAUAAUAACAAAUAAAUAAAAAAGAUGGCUCUGAAAUGACAUAUGGUUACAAUAUAAACAGAGUAAAAACAUGUAUAAUCAGGUCAACUGCCAUUAAUGUACCUUAAAUCAAUUUUAUAGAAUAAAUAUCAUGUUAUAAAAAGAUGUGAUGUAGGAAACAUAUAUUUAAGGAUAUUUUAGUGGAAACAAUAUAAAUAUACUCUUCUUCAAAUUAUAUUUUGACAUCUAUGACAUCUCUGUAUGUUGACAUGUGAACUUCUGUAUUUUUCUGAUAUAUGGUUGAUAUAUUUUAAAUGU